UAACAGCGACGUUUCGUGCAAAUAAGAGAUCUUGAAAUUAGCUCCGUUCGCGAUAAAGUUCAAUUCUAUUUAUAUAUAUGUGGUAUUCGCAAUAACAAUUACGUAAUUUAAUCAUCCGAAAAUAUGGCGACCGACUUGCUGACAAAUCCUAUAAAAUUGCGCUUCUAUAUAGAAAGAUACGAAAAGGAGAAUAAACUGAUAACUUUGCAAAAAACAUUUGUGCCCACUACUACACGAACGAAAUCGUUAACCGGCAAGUUUUAUGCGAGGCAUGAUGUUAUCUCUCCGUCAGACGUUAGAGAGGAUGAUGUUAACUUAAUUAAACGGCAAACAGAGGCGACGCCUAAAGAUAUUUACACGUUUAGACCACCAGCGGUGAACAUGGAAUACGGCUGGUUUAGCGUGCCACUGAUACCUGUCACGAGGGAUCCAAGAUUAUGCUUCUCUCGUAAACAGUCGGAUUUUAUUGCGAACGAAAUUCAACUUAGAAAAUUGCAAGGUCUGCCAGAGAAGAAAUUUACGGGCGUGCCGUUUAAGACAUGAAAAAAAAGACAUUACGAUUA